GGUUGCAUAUGAACCCAAUACAAACCCUAUAAAUAUGGAUGAAGAAACAUGAGUCAAGCCACAUUCAGACAAGAAUCUUAAACCCUCAAAACUAAACUUACCAUUUCAAGAAAACAAGAUGGUUUAUCCUCCUACUGAUGGCCAACGAGUAACUGUGCUCAGUAUUGAUGGAGGUGGAGUCCAAGGGAUAGUUCCCGCAGUUUUACUCAAUUUCCUUGAACAUCAACUCAAGGAACUUGAGAGGGAAAACGGGGGGAACGCCGACGAUGUAAGAAUCGCAGACUACUUCGAUGUGAUUGGAGGAACAGGCACAGGUUCUCUUUUGGCAGCAAUGCUGACUAAACCAAGCAAGCAGCAGCCUAUACGUCCUCAGUAUGACAUGUCCGACAUUAUUUCAUCCUUGAAAGAAAUAAGCCGUGACACAUUUCCAGAUGAGGAAGCGCUAUCUUUAGUCCAGAGAGCGGUGAACUUAGCAUCUGGCGCAUUUGGAUUGUUUACUUCAACGCUAAGGACUUUUCUUGAUCCACAGAAGAAUAUAUGGAGCAUUAUUGAUGAAUUUUGGGAAAGAAAUUGGGAAACUGACUGCCGUCCUGUGGAAGUGUAUAAUGAGAAGUUGAGAAUUAAGCUUGGAAAUACUAGACUUGAUGAGACACUAAGUGACGUAGUUAUCCCUGCUUUCUGUUUUGACACCUCAAGACCUGUAGUCUUCUCCACCAGUCAGGCAAAGAAGCUUCAUGAAAAAUGUAAUGAGGAUGUAACUCUAACAGAUGCAGUUCUAAGCUCGUCAGCUACCCCAACAGUUUUUCCCUUUCAUUCUUUCAAGUACUUGGGAAGAUUUGGCAGGUUUGCUGACGGCAGCAUCUUUGCCAAUAAUCCUACAUUGCUUUCCCUCACGGAAGGAGCAAACCUUCAUGGAAGCGGACCAAACUACAAUAAUCACCUGGUUCUGUCCCUCGGAACGAUCCGGCGAAGAGCUCCACCUAAUGAUAUUUGUGCACUCCCAUCUGUGAUCAUAGAUUACAUAUCAAAUAAAAUUUGGAAGGGCAUCAGGAGUCGCGUCUUGCAAUAUAUGUAUAUUUUAUUUGGUGACAUUACGGAAAUGUACAUGACGCAGAUGCUUCCUUCCCAGCUGCAUGAGGGCUGCCUAAAUUAUCUACGCAUCCAGGGCUUUGAACCAAAUAAUCUCGUGCCUUCCAUAGUUGAUGGAUCAGAAAGUGGGUUUGAGACUUUGAGAAGAGCUGCCAAUAAUAUUUUCAAGAGACCUGCCACUGUCGUGGAUCCAAAUACAGGAACUCAUGCUGAGCAGAAUUUCACUAAUGAACAAGCUUUGACAUAUUUUGCUCAGCAGUUGCAUAUUGAAAGGCAGAGGAGGCUUCUCAACGAAUAACAACAAAUAAAGACAAGCUGACAGUGAAGAACUGAGGAUAAAUUUAUACAGGCUUCUCAGUUGGGGGGACCUUAAUUGAUUUGUAUAUGGUGUUUAUUAAUUUAUUUUAAAUAAAGCCGGCAGGUCAUGAUUAUUGCCGCUCACAAAUCUUAAUUCAAUUGUAUCCAAAGAUGUAAUAAAUGAAAUAUGAAGUAAUUUAUCCUUAAA